UCUUCUUCAAGGCCACCCGUUGAACCUUCCUUUCAUAAAGUUAGUUGUUUCGUAUCAGUCACUUUCCUUCUGGCAAGUGCACAUGCAUCUCGCGUCACAUAUCAAUUCUUUUUCCAUGGUGCUGCAACUUUCAUUAUUGAGAAAGAGUACGGGGAAAAUAAUAAAAGGAAAUAAAGCCGUUCCAGAACGGCUGACGCUAUUGAUACCUGAGAAUAAGAAGAUGACAGAAGCCAGAGAGCAAAAAAGAAAAGGAUAUAUCCUAUAUUCCUGCUUGGGAAUAAAAGCUUAAUUGAAGAUUAACCAUUCACACUAGGAUUUUACGGCUAUAAAUCUUUUUUCCGAUUUAGACAUAUAAGAUUUUUAGAAACCGCUUUUAUUAUUAACAAUUUUAACUGUAAUUAAGAUGGAUGAUGCUUAACGAAUAAAGUAAAUACCACACGCUUCUAAAA